CCGUUUAGAGAAGAAAAGUUGGGAGGCACGCGAGCCCCCACGCGAGAUCCUUAGCCCUCACAGCAACUCCGCGCCACCGCAAGCCCCACCUCGCUGCGUUUCUGCAGCGCACGCCCCCGCGCCCGAGCGCAGCCUCUGAGAAGGCGUUCUCACUACCACAAAGGUCUCCGGCUAGAAGGGCCGGAAGUGCACCAGAGCUCGAGCUUGGCCGCCUCACUCCCCCCCGUUUUGGGUCGGUUCCUGCGUACUGGCUCCGGUGAGACUGCCGGAUCUCAUGUAUCUGGCUAACUGGAGCGGCGGUAAGCCGCUCAAUGGCUUAAAUUGAUUCUUUCCACCUCUACUUAUUCUCACUAGUCUUUUCUUCUUCGGGCUGGCUGCAUGGCCGGCCGGGCUCCCAGCUGUGGCGUCCCCUGGGGCAUCAUAGAGAAUGUGGUCCUCCGUCGGCUCAGUCUACCCCUUCCCGAGUGUGGGUUAGAGCGCCUACGUCAUUUUCUGUCGCCUCGGGCUGGGUGAGGAGUGUCGACACCUGAGGAGGACGCCGCUGGAUCGGGUAAACCUGGAGGGAAGCAAGAAACGUCAGGAUCUGGGUUUGCAAGCUGAGCCUCAAAGGAAAGUGGAGGCUGCAGCCUGGUUCAGCCCCCGCUGCCCUUGGGGGGCGGCUGAGUCUGGACCGCGGGCUUUCGCGCCUUGAGCUGGAAAAAGCCUGAGGGAAGGGAGGAAGGCAUCUCUGCGGGCCUGAGGAGGAAGAGCAGGGUUGAGAACAGCCCUGGGUCACAAGCGUAGCUUGGAGGCAGGCCCGCAAAGCAGUCCCCCAGCUCCUCAGCUCCGAGCUGAGGCAUCCACACACACAGGCUGCGCAUUAAAAUGGCUGGCUAUGCCACUAUUCCUAACCCCAUGCAGACCCUUCAGGAGGAAGCGGUUUGUGCCAUCUGCCUGGAUUACUUCAAGGAUCCUGUGUCCAUAGGCUGCGGGCACAAUUUCUGCCGAGGGUGUGUGACCCAGCUGUGGGGCAAAGAUGAGGACGACAGGGAAGAGGAGGAAGAUGAAUGGGAGGACGACGAGGACGACGAUGUGGAGGGGGCCAUCGGUGGAUGGGACAACUCUAUUCGAGAGGUUUUGUACCAGGGCAAUGCUGAUGAGGUGUUCCAGGACCAAGAUGAUGAACUCUGGGUUGGUGACGGUGGCGUCAGGAAUUGGGACAACGUGGACCAGGAGGAAGAGGAGGAGGAAGACCGGGACUAUUACCUGGGAGGCUUGAGACAUGACCUGAGAAUUGACGUCUACCCAGAAGAGGAGAUACUGGAAGAAUACGAUGAGGACGACCAAGAGCUGUAUCCUGACACCCACCUGCCUCCUCCGGCCCCUCCACGUCAGUUCACCUGUCCCCAGUGCCGAAAGAGCUUUACACGUCGCAGCUUUCGUCCCAACUUGCAGCUGGCCAACAUGGUCCAGAUAAUUCGCCAAAUGUGCCCCACUCCUUAUCGAGGAAGCUGGGGGAAUGACCAGGGCAUCUGCUCCAAACACCAGGAAGCCCUGAAGCUCUUCUGUGAGGUGGACAAAGAGGCCAUCUGUGUAGUGUGCAGAGAAUCCAGGAGCCACAAACAGCACAGCGUGGUGCCAUUGGAGGAGGUGGUGCAGGAGUACAAGGUUCAGCUGUUGACUGCUGUAUCACAAGUCAGACUGUUUAAACUUGCUCCUCGCUAUUCCUGUGGCUGUACCCGGGACCUCAUCUUUACACAGACUUGCUACACAUCUGAAAUCCUCAUCUCCAGUUGCACUAUGACCUUAGCUCUUAGCCUUCUAGUGCAGUCAAACACACUCCAGUUAUACCUGCCCUUCAGUUUUAUGGAGGCCACAGUUCCACUGACUCCUAAUUUUUUUCCUUCCCAAUUUAAUAGACACUUGCUAGCCUUAAUUAUUAUCCCACUGAGCCUGGACCUUAUGAGUAGUCGGGACUUUAAGAACUGAUCCACACUGUAGCCUAGACCUAUGUUUCUCAACCUCAGCACUAUUGACAUUUUGAGUAAAAUAAUUAUUUUCGGGGGAGGGGGGCUGUCCUGUGCACUGUAGGAUGCCUAGCAGCAUCCCGGGACUCUACCCACCAGAUGUAAGUAGCACUCCCCCACCAGCUGUGAAAACCACAAAUGUCUCCCAACAUUUCCAAAUGUCUUGUGGAGAGGGGUGAGAGAAACAAAAUCAUCCGUGGUUGAGAACCAUUGGUCUCUACUCAGGGAAAGUGGUCAAAUCCACAGAUGUGCCAUUUGACCAGCUUUACAUAUGCCCUAUAGCCAGUGACUGACCUACAUGUUUAAAAGUGUUGAAUGGAAGAAUAGCUCCACCUAGCUAGAACCUUAUUAAACGCAGUCUUAGUGGAUUAACUGAUACGACUCCUACUUCUCCCAGCUCUUGGCAGGCAGGUGGCAGAGUCAGCAGACCUUUUUUUAAACCAGAGCUGCCUCUGUCACUGCCAUUUGGGAGAACAGGGGCUAUGACAGAUAAAGCAGUAUAUGAAAUGAAGAUCUAGAAAUGAUGAGUAAGGCAAUCACUUCAGCAAACAUCAGUUUCAGCAGAGCCAAUCACUUUGACAGUCAUUUUUUUUGCUUUGGUUUUUAAGUAUUAUGCAGAACUUAUAAAACCAGAACCUGUCUGCUCCUGUUGGGGUGUGUGGCCCUGGAAUCACACAUAUAACAUCAGCUCCUAAAGCACUUCCUUAAAACCUAGGUUUCCUGCCACUGGCCAUCAACCUCUGGCCCCUAUGCCAUGCCUCCAGAAAUCUUUAUAGGACCUAGAGUUCUAUGCUAUUCUCCACCCCCAAUCCCUGACCGCCCCCCCUUGAAAGUUAUCCUGUAAUAGUGAGGUUAUUACAUUUACCAAUUGCUAAAAUAGGGUAACAAAUAGGGGGACAUAAGACAGCCUGCUAUACCAGGUCUAAAAGGACUUUGCAACAAUGGAAGUGUUCUCAAUCUGUGCUGUUUGAUGUAGUAGGUAUCAUUAGCUACCUUGAGCUUGAGCUCUUGAAAUGUGUCUAGUCCAACUCAGGAACUGAAUUUUUAAUUGUAUUUAAUUUUAAUUAAUUUGAAAUAGCCAUACAUGGCUAGUGGCUGUCAAAUCACAAUGAAUUGUACAGUUCCAUAGAAAUAAGGCAGGUUGAAUUCUGGUCCUUUCUAGGACUCUCAGGAGUAGAAGCAAGUCCAAAGGGAAGAUGAAAAAGAAGUGGGAACUCUCUUUUCCCAAUCAAGAGAGGUAGGCUCAAAGGUGGUAUUUUGGGGCAUAGAAGAAAAUAUUUAAAAGAAGGCCUUCUUGUAUUUUUUAAAAAUGUGACUAAAACAGUCUUGAACUAGUUCCACUUGUGAUUCAUGUGGAUCACAUGUGAGAAAUGUGAUAGAGGAGAACUCUAAUAGGAAGUAGCUAAAAAACAAACUGUUUUACCCUCUUCCCAAAAAAGAGCCAGGGCUGGGGCCUCAAAAUAGGAGGAAUAUAAGAAUAAAUAAGGUUUUAUUUGGUGCCUGACUUUUUGACAAUGGGAUGUGGGGCAAAACCUAGCAUUAAAGUAGGUAAGUGGGUUCUUCCCUUUCUCCUCUCACACCUAAAUCCUGACAGGAUGAUAAAGAAAUCAUGGAGUCCUAGAAGGGAAAGCAGUCUGUACUGGUAGUGAUAAUGAGAAAAGAGGAAGUGAGAGGUUUUCGGAAUAACAGGGCUGAAAAGGAGGAGACUGUGAGAGCUAAAAGUGGUGACAAAUUUAACUUUUAAUGAUAUAGUCUUUGCCCACAAACCAUAGUCCUCAGAGGUACAGUCUGAGAACCCUGGGCAGGGGGAAAUAGCUCAUCUUGGCAUGUGAGAAGUUGGAGGAGGAGAUGUGACAGUAGACCAGCAAAGAAGGAAGGAAGAGUUACUACUCUUCUCCCCACCUCUAUCCCUCCCAAAGGAGGAAAAUGAGCUAGAAAUAGCCUUAAAAAACAGGGAGUGGCUUAUUCUUAUUCGUCCAUAGCUUAGGCCUUCCUAAUCUUUUACCCCAUCCUAAAGGACUCAGAUGCAGAGUUGGUCAGAGACUUCUGAUUGACAAUUCCACUUGGUACCAAGCAGGGACCCACAAAAAUGAAGGACAAAGGUCACCUGGAAGAGGAUCACUGGAGGUCACACCCCCUUUCUGUCUGCAUUUCUUAAGCACAUAGAAUCCUCUCUCUCCCCCUCCAGCAGAGGAUGGAAUUUCUCAGCAAGCUCUGGUUAUUUAACCCAAGUAUGAGCAGGAAGGACUGUUUCCUCUUCA